AGAGAUUCUUGAUACAUGAAGGAUGGCAACACAAGUUAUCGGCGUGGAGCAAGAAGACGGGCGCUGGAAUGAAUCGACUGGCGCCUUCAGAGGCGAAGGUAAUCACACACUGUGGUAAUUUACAGGAUUACCACUUAUUGUCGGUCGAUUGACGAAUUUCUUUUUCACUUGUAUAUGCUGAAACGUUUCACAGAUGCUGGUCCCGAGAGAGCUUCAGGCUCUGAAAUGGAUGAACAACGCAAGCAACAGAUGGCUUAUCAAUACUUAUGUCACCUGGAAGAAGCUAAAGUGUGCGUAGGAGCUAAGUUGUAAUUUCUGCAUAAUUUUACUAGUGUAUUACUGUAGUAUUAGGAUUGUAACGAGAGGAACACCCAGCUGUGUAUCUAAUAUUGGUAUUUAUCACUAAUCAUGCCUUUUGGUCUCGUCUGUAGGUGGAUGGAAGCAUGUCUAAAAGAGGAAUUGCCAGCUACUACUGAACUCGAAGAGGCAUUCAGAAACGGUGUGUUCUUGGCAAAGCUGGGUAAUUUCUUUUCUCCAGAGACGAUUCCUCUGCGCAAAAUAUUCGACAAAGAUUUUAAAGUUUUGAACGUAAGUAAUAUUCCUGUUAGCUGUUCGUAUGUGGCGCAUACCCUACGUAAACUUUGCAACCUUUCUUAAAGCUUACACGUAUAGUUUAAGCUAAUUGCGUUUGUUGUUUCUCUUUGUUUUGUAGUCUCGAGGUCUCCACUUUCGCCACACGGAUAAUAUUAAUUUCUUUAUAAAUGGUUGCAGUAAAGUUGGUCUUCCAAAGGUUAGAGAAAUAUUUUUGUGAUUUACAUAAGCCAACAUUUUAUUCGUUCAUGUAGAAACCCAUUUAAAUGUUGUCCAUGGCUGUAAUGUUUAUUUUGCUAAGUGGGUUUGUCGCGCGUGACUCCUAUUUUUCACUCGUGCAGUGGUUAGCGCGGUCUUUUAACCCCAGCGAAGAGAUUUAUCGUUACAUAAAAUCAAUUUGACUUGCACCUCUUUAUAGAGUAGGUCAUGUGGGCAUUUUUAAUGCGUUGUAAUUUGGGCUGAGAUGAAAUAAAAAUUUUUCUGCACGAAUCUUAGUGAAUGUCAAUUAAUAAAUACGAUGUUAUUUCUUCCAAGGUUUUCUUUCCUGAGACGACCGACAUUUAUGAUAGAAAGAACAUGCCAAAGCUGAUUUAUUGCAUUCAUGCUUUAAGGUAAAACCAAAAAAAUAUCUAAUCUCAAAGAUUCAUGACAAAGAAUUUUUUGCGGAAAAUAUAUGAUUGCAGUAUGUCUGAUGUUAAACAAUGAGCAUAGUGAAUUCAUGAUAUUCUGCACAAAGAACUUUGUGUCACUGCUUUAUUUAGGUCAUUACAAUCAAAAUAGACAGUGAUGUUUAGGCACAUUAUGAAUAAUUGCUUAGCGCAGCAACUGGCAAAUUGCCAUCCUCUGGCUCCCUAUGUUUUUUCCAGGCUGGAUAUGUUGUAUGGAAAAUCAAUUUUCAGGUUAAGCCAGUAUUCACUCUUGUUUGAUCUGUAAAUUUCCUUGUUCCUUUGACUCUCUUAAGAAAUGUCUUUGUUCCGUUGACCCUCUUAGGAAAUUUCUUUGUUCCAUCGACUCUUAUAGUAGUCAAAGGAAAUGCAGGUUCAACCUGAGAACAGAUUUUACCCACAACAGAUACAUGUAGACCCUUUUGCUUGAGUUUACUAGCCAGGGGUAAUUUGGUCAAUAAUUUGAGAACUGAACUCUAGAUCAUUUUGAAGAUUGUGCUGGAAAUGCCUGUUUUUAAAUAAAUUUAUGAAAUUUUGCUUCAAAUACUUUAUUGACAAUCAGUGCUUUGUUAUUGGUUAAACAGUCUGUAGAUAGUACUCAUCAAUUUCAUAGUUGGUGAUUGGAAGUCAGUUUAUUCCUUUUGUCUUAUCACACAUAAAAUGGCUCUUCAAUAUCAAUGUGGAAUUGUGUAAAAACAUUUUUGUCAUUUUGAUGGGUAUUAAUAAUUAUUGCAUGUAUGAUUCCUAAUAGUGAUGGUAUAUCAUAUUGGUAGUAUGUAUUGUAAGUCUUGAAAUGGUUGAGCAAAUAUAACUCAACAAAAAACCAAGGAUGGAAAGGCCAACUUUUUGGCUCUCUGUGCUUCCUGAUUAGCAAAGAUGUGACCCAUGUGGGGGAGGAAUUAAAUUGACCAAGAACAGUGAAUGUAACAGGAUACUAGCUCAAGUAAAAUGCUGUGUUUACCUGCCAUUUCACAUUAAUAUUGGCAUUAACAAAUGCUAAACCUUUUUAGUGAUGUAAUCGCAUCAGUAUGCAAAAAUUACUUUCAAAAAAAGAUUAUUGUUCAAAGAAAAUUUGCCAAAAUUGGAAGUGAUGAUUUUCUUGUUUUUUGCUGUUAUUUAUUGGUUGUGAACUUGUUUUCACUUAAAAACUCUGAUGGUCUAGCAAUUUAAAUAACGAUAAUAAAUCAUUACCUCUUCAGUCAUGGGACUGCUAUCGUUGAGGUCCUCAUAAAUAGAUUCAAGUGAAAAAAAUGGAAAAAAAUAUUAUUUUAAAAAAAUGCAUUAAAACUAUCCCAAUAAAAAAUGUAAAAACUAUCUCAAUUAGAGAAAUUCUUAGAAACCAUCCUUAUACACUUUAUCCUCUCAUUUCUUUCUUUGUUGUUGCCCUUUUUAUUGCUUAAGUUGGAAGGAUAACCUUAGCAGAAAUUUACUUUUCUUUAGUUUGUACCUGUUCAAGUUAGGAUUGGCACCACAAAUACAAGAUCUGUAUGGCAAGGCCACAUUCACUGGUAAUUCAAAAAUUACAUCUUAAUAAAAUUAUUAUUGUUUAACUUGAAGUGUAGAUAAAGACUUGAACAGAUGUCAUGUUUCUAAUAAUAUUAUUUUUAAAGUUUUUUUGUUGGUAAACAAAGCUUUAAAGUAGGAAAUAUAACAAUCACGUUUGUUUUUAGAGGAACAGAUUAGUGCCAUGAGAAAAGAGCUGGAAAAAUAUGGAAUUCAAAUGCCAGCAUUUAGCAAGAUUGGAGGCAUUUUAGAAAGUGAGGUAUGUGAAAACAGACCAAACAGGUAUCAAUGCAUAGUAGGGUUUGUUUCUUCAGAAAAUAAUAUUACAGUGUACUAUCACUCCUGCUAGCCUACUGUUACCACUGCUACUAUUGUGCUUCUACCCCCUGCUUGCAAUCCCUAAACCACCACCAUUUCUGUAGUUACUCUCAUUCUCUUUCCCACAGUCAAUUCUACGGUUACUCCCACUGUCUUCUUCAUUCACUGCCACCCUGCUCAUUCAACCCCAUUCUUGUUUUCACUGCCACUUCCAUUUUCUCUUCUAUAAUCACUCCCACUUCCACAACCAUCGCCAUUCACUGUCACUUCUACUCUGUUUCUGUCUUUCUGUCCUACUGACAAUCAGGGUUGUUACUAAGAUUUCAAGUUGCCGGGGAAAUACAAUAGGUACGCGGGGAAUCAAACAGCUAGGGAUUUCUUUUCUUUCUAUGUUUCUUCUAUUUGCCUGUGAAAAUAGCUGGGGGCCAAAUUCGUAGGAGCCGACAGUCCUGUUGACACCCAUGCUCUUUCUUCCAAAUUCACUCCCAUUAACACUCCCACUCUUUGUUCCACAUUUACUCCCAUUACCAGCCCCAUUCUUUCUCCCACAUUCACUCCCCUCACCACUCCAACUCUUUCUCCUACAUUAACUCUUAUCACCACUCUCAUUCUUUCUCCCACAUUCACUCCCAUUACCAGUCCCACUUUUUCUUCCACAUCCACUCCCAUCACCACACCCCUUCUUUUACUCACAUUUGUUCUACGUUCUGUUUUCUUUGAUACUGUCAGUAAAACUCCCUGUCCAUGUUUCAUUUUGAUUUUCAUUUCCACUAGCAUUGCCUUUACCUCCAACACUGCCACUUUGAUUGUUAUCAUUUCACUCUUUAUCACUGUCACUGCUAUUACUACUAAAUGCAGUUUUUUUUACUAAGUGGAAAAAACGUUUACUUUACCAGGGCUGUCAUUAAGGGCUGGGGAUUUUUUAGAUACUAUGAGUGUGCCCCCUGGCCAUUUUCAUAAAAAAACUAAAGGCAAUUACAACCAAAGGUUUUUAGUUUGUUUGUUGAACUGGAACUGUUUUUUAUUGCAGAUGCCUGUGGAUGAGGCGGCUUGUAAGUAUAUUGCAUUGGAGCUUGUAACUUUACAGUGCAACAAAUAAAAUGGUUUUGCAGUUAAAAGUUUUACAGUCUUUCACUUAAAAUAAACAAAAAGAAAAAAAAUCACUUUAGUACUUCAGUUUUUUGACUGAUCAGUCACAGUAUGACUUAAUAUCUGUUCUAACAGAGUAAACGUUGGAGUGUUGUUUAUUCAGCAGUUUGUGAUAAAUUAAUCAUAUUUUUCUGUACAGUACAUGCUGCAGUGAUUGCUAUAAAUGAUGCAAUCGAUCACCAAGAUGCUGGCAAUACUUUGGAAGCUCUGCGUAAUCCUAAUGCACACCUCAGAGAUGUAAAUGCUGAGAAUUCAGAACCUUAUCAAUCUGCUCUGUAUCAGGCAAAGAGUACUAAAGCUGCUCAAGCCAUAGCUAAGGUAGGAAAAGAUCUUCUAGACUUAAAAAGAAAACUUGAAAAAACUCCAGGGUAACUUUUUUUGUAUGUUAUGCUCUGUAGUCUCCAGGCAAGGAGGGAAUGGAUGUCUAUGACACAUUAUUAACCCAAGCUGAAAUACAGGGAAACAUCAGUCAAGUUAAUGAUGUGAUCAGAAAACAAAAAGCAGAAGAAGCCUGUAAGUGAUUUUAAAAGUAUUGAGUAAAUUCCAGAAUUAUAUACAUAUAUUUAUAUAUACAGUGGAUGAAGAAUACCAAGCUAACCAACGAGGAUGCCACUUGUCAGAAAAGAAUCCAGAGGACUCAAAAUGUUUCGCCCUAAACUUUAUAAACCUGAAUGACAAAAAGAUCUACAACAAACUUCCUCACAUGUCUUGCUGUUUAAUACAAACGUUUCACCUUUUGGGUUUUUUCAGUGUAUUUACAAAACCAAAACCUGUCCAGAGGUACUUUUGAUUUUGUAAAUACACUGAAGAAGCGUGAAGGGCGAAACAUCUGUAUUUAACACCAAGACAUGUGUGGGAGUUUGGCAUAGAUAUCUUUGUUGUAGAUCUUUUUGUCAUUCAAGUUUACAUAUUUAUAUAUAUAUAACUGCAGACAGUACUGUUUUCGCCUUCUGGGCCUCAUCAGUGCGGCUAUGAUAGUAGGAUGGAGGUUAAGCUAUAUAGCCACCCCAAAUGAUCCCACAAAUGUGGUAUCAUCUAAGCCAUGCCAGAGUGCUCUAACUAGUAUAUUAGUGGGCAUGCGCAAUGCUACGGUCAUGACUCAUCCUAGUAGAGUGUAUAUAUAUGCAUUUAUAUACACUGUAUAUCUGAUAGUAUUAGUGAGGUGACAGAUGGAUUCAAAUGUUAAUUUCAUUUAAUUUUUUUAAUGUGUAAUCAGAGUCUAUCAGCUCUACAGUAAGAUCUUUUUAUAGUGUGGUACUUCAAGCUGUCGUAAAUGUUUUUUCCUUUCUAGUUUAAAUUUGUUUCUUGCCAUGAUAUUAUCUCUUGGUAUUGAUAAUGGAAAAAAAAGUAACAUAACAUAACAUAACAUACACUUUGGGUGCGUUCCUUUGGGAUGAUCCGGAUCAGGAUCAGUGAUCCAGGAUAACACGGAUCAUGGUACAUCAAAUGAACCAAAGAAUCCUUGUCCAGAGUGGAUUCAUUGGUUCAUUUGAUCUACCAUAAUCCGAGUGAUGUUGGAUCACUGAUCCUGUUCCGGAUCAUCCCAAAGGAACGCACCCUUUAUUAUGACACCUCUAUAUGGUGCUAUUCUGUCGUAAUAUACAAUAAUAACAAAUAUACUGAAUAAUAAAAUUACAAUGGGGCAAAAAUAUUUACAUCUGUUACAACAAGAAAUAUUUACAUGAGUUUAUAUACAGUCAUGAAAAAUGUGAUUCAGUCUACUUAAGAAGAGUUUACAAGAAAGUGGGCUGCGACUUUCCUUAACUUGAGAUCUUGUUUAAGUUCCGAAUGUUUUCUGGGAGUCGGGUGUACUCUUUUGCCCCACGUAAGGUGAGAGAGUGUUGACCAGUUGAUAAUCUGCAUGUAGGUAGAUUUAACUGUGAUAUAUCUCUAGUGUGAUAUUCCUAAAAAGAUCUUUAAUAAUAUUGUCUAAAUAGUAUUGGUAAAAAGUAGUAUACUGAUUUAACAGUGUGGAAGAUAGUGUAAUAAUGUUUAACAGUUAUGGUUUCUUUUAUGUAAGUGAAUCAAGCCGUGAAAGAAAUCAAUGGAGCUAUCCGUAGCAAAAAUGAAGAAGUUCUUUUGCCUGCAUUGUGCAACACGGCUGCCAGGCUAUCUGGUGUUUCAACUGAAAAUGGAUCUUGGUAUAUGAAGAUGCUGGGAGAGAAAAAGGAGGUAAAAGAACUGCAGGUAUCAAUAAUAGCAUCUACUUCAAGGAGCAUCUGGCUUCUAGGCUGCAUUUUUGCAUUAUUGACAUGAAACAUUUUAUUCUGAUGCAAAAAAAAUUAUUGUGGAGUCAUACUGAUGCAAAAAAGUUACCUCAUAUAUAAGUUCUUCCAAAGCAGCAAGCAACAAUAAAAGUAAACUUAAAGAAAUAGCUGUGCAUACUGGCCUGUAAGCACAAUGUAAAAUGUUGAUGUUCUUUAUGUUUGCUUCUAAAACAGCAAGCAGGUGUUAGAUCUGGUCAAGUACGCAUAGCAAGGUAAUGCCUGUGACAAAAAUUAAGAAAUUAGGAUCGGGCUUAUCAAUCAAAAUCAUAACUUUGCUUUUCAGUUUAAAUAAUACAUUUUUUGUAUGGCUUUUUAAUGUUUUGUUCAAUGUAGUGUUAAGGCCGACAGACCGACUAUGAAUUCUUUUCUUUUAAAUGAAUUUUUGCUUAUUUAAAAAAUUAUUGACCAUUUCUUGUUGUUGUGCAUUUUUAUAAACUAAAUGCUAAUGAAUAUUGUACAUUGUUUGUAUGCAUACUUCUCUAUAGGAAUCAGGCAUCUCAGAUCUCACAAAAGCUGAAAUCCAGGAAGCAGUAAAUGCUGCUAAUGACUUAGCAGAUCAACACAGGCAAAGUAAAUAUCAUUAUUGCCAUAGGGCUGUUACAUUGUACUUUUUUCAAGAGCAAGUUCCUUCUUCAUGGGACCUGCUUUGAACCCCUUUUGUUUUUCUUCACAAGUGAGUAAAGUGAAGCAGGUUUUGUUUUUGGGUGGGGGAGGGGGAUGGACUGUGCUAUUCAGUGAGAGUGAGUGGCCUGUGCUUGCAACUCAUGAAUGUAUCUUUUAAGACUGAACAGUCUUUUGUUUAAUAUUUUUCUCAUCCAUCUGACUUUGUUAAUCAUUGUAUUUCAGUGCAAGACAUAGUGAAGCGCAUAAACAAAUCUUUAGAUGAUGGAACUUCAGAAGAAACCCACAACUUGGUUCGAAAACCUGAAGGAAUGUUUCCAAAAGUGCUUCCAAGGAGUGCUUUCCUCUACCAUGAUGGGCUGUUUAAAGGCAAACAAGUAUGCUUCUGUCUUAUGUCUUACUAAAAUAAUGUGUGAUACGAAGUGAUUAGAAAGUUAUUAAAUACAAUAUCAAAUGCCAGUUUUCCUUUUUUUAUACUUUUGAACUUUUUUCUUUCCACUUGAAUUCUAUCCUUAAUUUACUGCGCUUUUCACAAACGUGUGAAUUCUGAAGUUCAAAAGCCAACUGACGAUCGCGUUUUUCGCUGCCGUCAAUCAUCCUAAUGGACCUCUUAGGAAACAAAACUUUACUUUAACGGGUUCAAAAGUUCAUGGGGUUUCUGAUUUGUGAUUGGAGGAUUUCGAUCCGUUUUGUGUGUUUCUUUGUUUUAAGGUUCGCUGCUUGUAAUCAUAAUUAUGAUUGACGGCAGCCAAAAAUGCAAUUGUGAAGGCAGCUUUUGAACUUUAGAGUUCGUAUGUUUGUGAAAAGCGCAGUAAUAACCUAUAAAAAAGUGAUUCGGCAAAAGAUCUUUACAUGGCUGUUAAUGUACAUAUAAAAUUUAUAUCUUUUGGCAAUUUUAUCGGAGGAGUGCUGCAGAUAUUGUGCGGAAUGAAAUUAGUUAGUUAUAAAAUGCCAAGUCAAAUCUUACGUUGAUCAGAAGAUCAUCUUAAUGAUUAUAUUGCUCUAGCUUGUCUAUUUACCACUCUGCCAAUAGGCGUACAUGCAUAUCAACUGGUAAAUAUUUUUUUAUCUUAUUUUGCAAAUUGUACUCAUUUCUUUUGUAGGAAUGUGAAUCACUGACUCAUGAGUUUAUCUGUGAGCAGUUAACAGGUAUUAUUCAACCUCAUCAUCCACAGACUAGUACUGUAUCUUGACAUUAAUUUAUUCUGAAACUCCAUGUGAGUGUUAAGUUUAACAGUUAUUGUUGUCAAUUUGUUAUUUACUUUACUUUUCAGUAUUGACAGCUGUAGCUGCCAUAAAUGAAGCAAUUGAAAAUGAAAAUUCUACUCAGUUAAUUAAUAGAAUGAACCACCCCAAUGCUGGCUUGACAUCAGUUGAAGAGAGUCUGUGUAACAGAUAUUUGUCUCAUUUGGUGUCUGUUAAGGAGGAGAAAGCACAGGUAGGUUCCGAUGGAUAACAACUAAAUGAUAUAACAUCUGAUGGGCUGGAGAAAUGACAUCAGGUAUUAUCAUAUUUCUUGGAUGUGAAAAAUAAAUAAGAAAAUAAUAUUGCAAGUACUUAGUCAGUAUUGGAAGUGCAAUAGCUACAUUGUUCCAAUCAAAAUAAACAAUACCAUCAUGACUUAAAACCCCAUGUGGCAGACGGCAAACCAGUAGGCAGUAAGUGAGCAGAGCCCUUGAACAAAUCCAGCUAUAGGUCAGAGUGGCACUCAAAUCUGGCUCAUCCAAGUUGUGAACUUAUCCGACUCACUGACCACCCAGCCACAAUGUCUGCAGGCAAUGAAUUGUUGGCCGCCAGUUCACAGGCCUUACUGUAGGAGAUGAAAGACUGAUCUUUUUUUUCAACUUGUAGGACUGUGGAGUAGGUAAAGAUGAUCUUACUCAGAUUGAACUUCAGAUUUGUGUGGACUUUGUGAACACUGUAGUCCAAGAUGAACAUGACUGUAAGUUAUCACACUGGUUUGUUAUUUUGCUAUUUUCUGCUGCAUCUGGAGGCAGGUUAGACUUGCUGUACCCUCUUUGUCAUUUGUUGUUUCAAAUAUAAUUUGAAUUUAAAUUUUUGGGGGCGUUUAUUCUUAGCAUACAUUUGUAAUUCAUAAAACUCAUGUUACGAUUUGGACAGCCUUAAACUGUUUAUUUUUGUAUACAGUAAUAUCAGCAAUAGCCGUGAUCAAUGAAGCUGUUGACAAGGGUGAUCACAACAGCACAUUGCAGUGCCUUCAUGCUGAGGCUGCCAAGCUUUCAGGCAUCACAUCAGAGAAUAGCCAACUCUAUCAGAAGGUUCUCUACUCUCAAAAGAUCGCUAAAGCUCAGGUUAGAAAAUAAAUAAUCAGUUUGUACCAACAAAAAUGUAUGUUAAUGUUUACUUUCUUGUCUCUACACGCCAGAAGAGUUUGACGUUAAAAUUAAAUGCACUUGAAAAACCAUUCCAUUUGCAGAAAACUGAUGAAGAUUCAGCAGAAUUAUGGCAUGAUGAGAUUCAGCUUGGCUUGGAUUAUGCCAAUAGGCACGCAGAUGAGGCCAGGCAGUGUGAGUAUUGUGUAGUAUUGUUGCUUAUAAACUUAUUAUAAUAUUGUUAUGAGUUCCAGUAGUGUGGUGAAGCAACUGUUAUUAAGCACUAUGAUCACUCAUGGAUCAUUAAUUUUUAUAGUGUUUGCAUUUCAGUACACCUAGACAUCUAAUGUGAAAUUUAAAUAUUAAUAAAGAAGUACAAACAUUAAAAAAAGUACCAAUUCUCUUCUUAGCAUGGAAAAAGAUGUGAUGUUACAAAAUUUAACUCUUAGCACCAUAUCAUUAUUCACAAAUUGCUUCUGGUGCCUACAGGCACCCUGCCAUAAGACUUAGCAGUUGAUUCAUUUGAGGACAGCUUACAGUGAUAAACAGUCAUCUUUUUUAACUCACACCACACUUCAAGCUACCGUCGACGCUCUCUUAACUCUGUAAGACGGACACCUUGGUAAAAUGGACACCUAGGGUUGGUCUCUAUAAGACAGACAUCUCUCUUUGAUGAACACUGCAGCACUAAGUCUUAGUGCUGCAGUCCCCAAAGAUGCCAGUCUUAGAGAGUGAGAGCUAACUGUACUUCAUCCAGCUGUGGCCGCCACUUUAAAUUCUACUGAAAUCCAUGUAUUCUAUAACUGUCUAUUUUUAAUAGUGGCAGAGGGUGUCACUGCAGUAAACCAAGCUGUUGAUGCAAAUGAUGAGAAGUUACUCAUGGCAGCCCUGACAUACCCUCGUGUCAGCAUCUAUGGUGUCACCUCACAGUGUAGUCAGCAGUACCUUGAAGAGCUUACAAAACUCAAAGAUGCAAAAAAACAACCAGGUUGGUGCUGAUCUUUCUUUAUGGGCUAAGGAAUCUGACAAAAUUUUUACCACUGAGAGCACUGUACGGGAAUUACAGAUAGUCACAAGUCCGAGGAAAAACGUAUUACAGAAUAUACAAUGAAUUUCUCAUCCUAUCUUCUGCUAUUACAUAAUGAUUCUUUUGUCACCACUUGAGAAGAUGGUUUAGGAAUUUGGAAUAAAAUAAAUGGUCUCUCAUCUUAAUUUGUAGAGAGUGAUACCAAAUGGCUGGAACAGAAGACACCUCAGGGACACAUCUAUUAUUAUAAUACUGAAAAUAAUGAAGGAUGCUGGGAAAAACCUGAAGACUUCAGUAAUUCAUCUCUGUUAACAAGGGAAGAAAUUCAGGUUAGUUCAACAUAUUCAACCAGGGCACCAAUAAUGUAAUACCUACAUGUUUUAACUACCGUUUAACUUUUAUAGUAGUUACAGUUAGUAGUGAUUUUACCACUGAUUUAUUAUAUCUAUUACGAUUAUUUAUCGAUCGCAUGGCUCAGUCAUUAUGGAGUAGUUGAAUGGGAAACAUGGGUUUCCCUUACUUAAUGAGUUUGGGUUGUGUAUGGCAAGUUAUUGGCCGAGUUUGUUUUCCCCGUUUUAUGGUUCAAGCACAGUUUGACAAUGCAGUACAAUAUGCUCUAGACAGAGCAUGUGUUUGCAGUUAUUGUUAUGUCUGUUGUGCACUUGCAAUUUUAUUGGCCUGCUGUGUCAUAAUAUAAGCAUUAAAUGUAACCUGUUUUGUCAAAUUAAAUAAAGCGUGUUUUCUUACCUUAAUCUGAUGCAUUAAGUUACAUUUCACCUUCAUGUCUUAUAGCACCAAACUGAAAACGAAAUGUGACCUCUUGCAUCAAGAAAAAUAUUUUUUUUUCAACAAAACAGGUCACACUUCACCUAAAUGUUAUUUAGCACACCAAUGACCAUGGUUACUAUUUUUGCAAAAUUUCUUUUGAUUAGAAAAAAGCAAAUUGAUAUAAUGACUAGCAACCACUAGAAUGUAACAGACUCUCCUUGUUUACAGAUCUACACUGAAUCAUAGUUACAGUAUUUUGCAUCUUGCUUUAAGAAUCAUCACUUUUCUUGCUUAUGGACAUUAUCGCUGUAAAGCACGACUGCAUAGUCAGGGGCGGAUCCAGGAUUUUUUUUAGGAGGGGGUGCACUCGUCUCUUGCUCUACUUCAACACCAAUAAACCACAUAGUUUUUUUUUUGCAGAAUACCAGUUGUAUUAGAAAACCGCAGGUCAUCUUCUAUCCCCUAGAUCCGCCCCUGAUAGUUUCUAUAGAAAAUGUAAAUGAAACAAUCCUUGAGUGUGCAUCAAGUUUCCUGUGUUGCCUUUCUUAACAGGGGCUGAUAUCACGAGUCACAGCCCAGUAUGACCGAUGGGUGCAUAUGCAGUCCAAUGAACCUUUGAUCAUCAAAUUACAGUCUCACUGGAAAGGAUACUUGGCUAGAAAGGCUUACCAUGAAAGAAGAACUUUUUUAAAGGAACAUUUACCAGCUGUUAUUAAAAUCCAGGUAUUUUUGUUAACUAAACUAACAGUUUAGAAUUGUCAUGAUACAAGCUUUGGAGAGUAGGACGUUUUUACAUGACAACACUGUACAUAGCACAUUAUGCAAAGCUAAUAACAGCAAUAAUGAUAAUAUUGAAAACUAGGUUGAAAUUGUUGGCCUACUUCAUUUCAAAUUAUUACAGCAUGGAGGAAGUAAUCUUCUGGUCAGCAACUGUCUUGAGAUUGCCAGUUAAGUAUCCAGAGAAAGUAAUAUGUUUUGAUUGUAGGCAUUUGUUAGAGGAUUUAUUCAAAGACUGAAAUACCAAACAAGGCUACAGGAACUGAGGAGUCACCCUGAUGAAGUCAUUAAGGUAUGAAUAUUUAAGACAGAUGUUUAUGUGUACAAUUUAAAUCCUUCUGUCACCGCACCACCAAAUGGUGAAGUCUGGCUACCUGAUCCUCUUGAAAUGAUUUCAUUCUUCCACAAUCAGAGAAAACCUUUUUCUGGUCCUUUUUAUUUCCUUUAUCAGAUCUGUUCGUGGCAGUAAAACAGUUUUUCAUAAUAAUAUCCCUAGACCAGCAUGCAAAGAAAGUAGUAUCUGAUAGCCGGGGGCUAGUGGAUUUUGCUAUCGGGCAAGUGAAGAUUGUUCUCAACUUGCCCGAUGGGCAAGUGAAAUUUUUUGAGAAAUGCAAAUUACAGAAGAAAUGUGAAAUCAAUUGUGCUCAUCAAAACGUUUUUGGGGCUAGUUCAAAUGACGUUUGUAGUAAAUGCUACCUUCAGCUUGCCCGAAUGGCAAGCUGUAAAAAUGACUUUCUUUGCACCCUGCCCUAGACUGAGUUGUUGUGAAUAGUCAUAUAUAUAUCUUCAUUCAAUAGAUUCAAUCAUGGGUGCGCAUGUGGGUUGCCAGAAGGAAAUACCUAGAAAGAAGGAAAUACUUCAAAGAACAUGUGAGUGUCUUAAUUUUUGAUGACUUUACUUGGCAUUCUUUUUUUGGAAUGUGGAGGUCAGUCUUUUAGUUGUAGUACGAAGUCAUUACUGUUAAUUAGUUGUGUAUUACAAUUUUUGUUUUCAAUACCAUAAUUCUUGGUCCUCCACAAACCUAAAAUAAAGUUAAAAGGGGACAUUUGAUAGUAAUUAAACUGUCUGAAACUCCCCUGGGCAGUUCUGACCAUAUCUUGAAGCAAUAUUUUUUAAAAAAGAAACUUGAAAAAAAAACCAAAUUUACCUCUUCUCUUGUUGUUGUUAUUUUACUUUGCAUCUUUCAACUAAGAAAAAGCAUUUAAAUGAAUAAAUAAAUGCCAGGGCCCAGUUCUUCGAAAGAUGGUUAAGUUUAACCCAGGAUUAAGCCAAAUACUAAGCACGGUUUUCUUGUCUACAAGCGUAUAACUCGAGCUUACAAAAUACAGUUGAGCUUUUACUCUGAGAUACAGUGAUAAUAACACAAAAUGUUACUCUAAGCAAUGCAUGGGAAUGUAGAAUACAAGAACGGGGCAAAAUUUUAAUCCUUGAUUUAGUGCCAAUUGGGCCCAGGAUAUCUGUAGAAUUACCUGUUUGUUUUUUCUUUUUGUAGGAUUCUGCAAUAGUGAAGAUUCAAGCAUGGGUGAGAGCUAAUGUGGCUCAAAAUGACUAUAGAAAACUUAGUAAGUGUUUCUUUUAUCUCUAACUAUUACAUCUCCUUGAAAUUAUAAAGAAGGGUAUUUUAAAAUUAAGGGGGCCUAAGACAGGAUAUUAAAGACCUCUACAGUUUUCAUACAUAUUGUUUAAUACAUGCUGUUAUUCACAUUUUGGCAUAUCAUUAUAUAUCUAUUCUUGAAUUGUUCCAUGGAGGCCCAUGUAAAAUAUUUCCUUUAGAGGAAAAAUUCCUUGCAUAUGAGAUUCAAACUAUGGCAAGCUGGGAAUUUUUUUUUGGAGUCUUUCUUUUGAGGUACCAUGACCACUUUAAAAUUUAAGACGCAAGUCAUUAGGAAAUUGAGUAAUUUUAAUUUUCAGUGGACGAAAACCUUGUACCAGAAUAAUUUAAUAGUAUCGCAUUCUUUUUUACAUUUUUCAAGUCAAAUUUCACAAGAAUUGUGAAAACACAGGUAAAAUUCUGAAAAUUUCAUGUGUAAGAUGUCAUUUUAUGAAAUGUGACGUUUAUUUUCUUGGGCUUUGAUGACUAAUUUUCUUUGGUUUUAUUACAGAUAACUAAUUACAUCUAUAUCCCUUGAAAAAUGUAAAAAAAGAAUGUGAUAUUGUUUAAAUUAUUCUGCUACAAGAUUUUUGUCCACUGAAAAUUAAAAUUACUCACUUUCCUGAUGCCUCUUUACACAUUGUGACUGUACUUUCGCUUGCAGCUGAUAGUCUCCUAAUUUUUGUCUUUGUUGUUGUUGUUGUUGUCACAAAGUUUCUAUGCAAGAUCCACCAUGCAAGACUGUAAGAAAAUUCCUUCAUCUUUUGGAACACAGUGAUGCUGACUUUGAAGAAGAGCUAGGUAAUUCAGUAUAAUAUUUAAUAUGUACUCUACUGAUUUCAUCCAAGGACUAUCUUCACAAGGAUUCUGUCCAGAUGUGAUAGCAUGAUCUAAUAGCAUAUGUACUAUAUACUUUGGUUGAAUCACUGACAUUAUGACCACAUCAGCCGGGGGCCACUGGACAACAACUUACUUCUGCCCUUGGUUGACGAGGAAAUCCUACUUUUGCUUAAAAAUGUAAAGUUUCUUUGAGUUUUUGUCACAACUGCUGGAAUGCAAUGUUUUUGUGACAUUUGACUAGAAAAACAAAACAGGACAAAAAAAAAGGACAAGUUUGUAUGGCAGUUUUGCAUAGAAAAUCUUAGGUAGAUUGGUAUUGUUAACAUUUGAUGUGACUGACUCUACAGACCUUCAGAAGCUGAGAGCUCAAGUUGUUACAGAGAUCAGAUCAAAUCAACAGUUGGAAAAUGACCUGAAUCUUAUGGACGUCAAGAUAGGACUUCUUGUUCGCAACAGAAUCACUUUACAGGUAUUCAGAUUUCUUUGAUAUUCGUGUAAUCUUUCACAAUAAACCUAACAGUUUCUUGUUGUUGUUUCGUUGUUGGCAGUUUUCAGUGUUAACUUCUUAAUUAAAUAUAUUUACGGCCAUGAGUGGGAACAGUAUUUCUUAUAGUUGUUAUUUUUGUGUGAGUAACCUGUAAUAGCCUGUGAUCUGUAUGAAGUAAACUUCUUGUUGCUUUUAGGACGUUGUACAUCAUGGAAAGAACUUGAAGCGCGAAAAACAAGACAUGAGUAUGGCUUUACAGAGAACGAAAGGAAUCAAGUCUCUUAGUAAAGAGAGCCAUGAAAAGCUAGAAGCUUAUCAAAAUUUAUUCUACCUGCUUCAGACAAAUCCAGUUUACCUAGCGAAGCUGAUUUUUGCAAUGCCGCAGAGUAAAUUUACCAAGUUUAUGGAGUCUGUUAUAUUGACAUUGUACAAUUAUGCUUCUAAUGCACGGGAAGAGUACCUGCUUGUGAAGUUAUUUGAUACUGCUCUCAAAGAAGAAAUCAUGUAAGUAUAAAUGUACAUUCUUAUUCAACAUACUGGUAAUACUAUGACAGAUGUCUUACCAAAUUUUAAAGUAUCUUCCUGUAAACAAGGUCGCUGAGCUCAAAAUAGGAUUUUUGAAAGCAAAAUGCUUUUGUAUCUUGUACAGGGUUAUGGUAAAUUUUUUUUUCAAGGCGUUGUUGAUGACCGCUGUGGUUUGUUUUUCAGUUCAAAGGUGGACCAGAUGCAGGACAUAGUGACGGGAAAUCCGGCAGUCAUUAAAAUUGUGGUACACUUUAACAGGUGAAUUAUAGAGAACGUUUUAGCCCUUUUUUUGGCAUCCACUUUAUGAUUCCCAGCAGGUCUUCUUGCUGGACACUACCUGUACAAAAUCGUCUACAGUAAUAUUGAUGUAUGAAAAUAUGAAUGUAGCACAUAUGCAGCUACAAUCCCGUCGUGACUCAUGAAACGAUCAGUUUCUUCUCAUACCAGCCUUUGUUCCCGUAGAAUUUUGGUUACCCCAUUGUUUCAAAUGUGAGUUUGUACUUAGCAUGUUUUAUCCUUCUUUUAUACAGAGGACAGAAAGGUCAGAGUUCACUGCGUGAGCUGCUGCAGCCGUUAGUUGAAGGUGUUCUUAAUGACAAAAACCUGUCAAUAAAUACCCACCCACUCGAAGUGUACAAAGCAUGGAUAAACCAAAUGGAAUCGGAGACUGGACAAGCCAGGUACAGUCUAACUUCAAGUUCUAACUGCAAAGACUGCCGUUCCGAAAAGCAUCAGGAAGUAACUGUCAAUACGUGUGGAGCUACAGGAGCAUUUUGUGUAUGGGUAGAUGUACUAAGAAUAUAGCUAUAAACCGUAUUAAUUCGUUCUUUUUAUACCUGUAUUUGUAGUAAGUUGCCGUAUGAUGUUGAACCAGAACAAGCCAUGAAACAUCCUGAAGUGAGCUCCAGAAUAGAGGCUGCUAUGAAGAGGCUUACAACUGCAACAGAUACCUUCUUGAAUUCUAUUCUUCAGUCUGUUGAUAAAAUACCGUAAGCACUGUUCUUUAUCUUCAUUUGCAUUGAAUGUCAAAUCUAACUUGCUCGUCUUCUAGUAGUGUAAUUAUUUUAUUUCUUAUAUAUGUUUUUGUUGGUUACUAGUUAUGGUUUAAGGUAUGUUGCCAUGUCUUUAAGAGUGGCUCUUACCGAAAAGUUCCCAGAAGCGCCAGAGGCAGAGAUAUUGAAGGUAACAUGGAUAUUAUUUAUAGAGAUGAAAAAGUUGAACAUUUCUGUGCUCAGUUGUGAGAAGUAUGGUGAUGGAAAGUUUCUUUUUUCAGGUUGUAGGUAACCUGAUCUAUUACAGAUACAUGAAUCCUGCUAUUGUGGCUCCUGAUGCAUUUGAUGUGGUGUCUUUUGGUGUUGACAAAGGUUUGACACCAGACCAGGUACAGUAGCGCACCUUCAUAUAUGCAAAGGAAUAUCACAGUUAAAUAAUCAUCAACAAAGAAAAGCAACCACCAUGGAAAUCUGCGUCUUCUUUCAACCUAAGAUCAUGGACAAAAUUCCUUAGGGCAGUGAUGUAAUAUUCUUAAUUAUCAGCAAUUCCAGGGUGCCUCCAUAAAACAAUGCAGUCUUUUUAUAAAUACUUCAAGUGCGGUUUUCCCUUCCCCCACCCCACCCUAUACAAUGUUCAAACUUGGGUAAAAUCCUGGAUACACGUGCCCAGCGUUGUUUGUGGGGUUGGGGUAGGUGUUGUGAAUGUAUGAUUUGAAAAAAGCCCCGCAAAUACAAAUUUGUCUCUUAAGACUUUUGUCCAUGAUUGUAGGAUUCUCUUCCUCUUUAACUGCAAACAAAUUAUUUCAAUGUUUCAUGCAUGGCAAUUUAACUAAGAUUUGCAUGUUUUGCUUUUCUCUCACAGAGACGAAAUCUUGGGUCUAUCGCCAAAAUCCUUCAGUAUGCAGCCUCAAAUAAAAUGGUAAGAAAGCUGUGACCGUCGAUCAUUCAGUUUAAGGAGAAUUUGCAAAGUACUCGCCUCCGUGAUUCCGAGACAGUUUGGCCCGCACCAACAUGGCAACGGAAAGAUCUUGAAAACAGAAACUUGUAGACCCUCGCACUUUUGAUGUCGCUGAACAUCGUGCAUUUUCUCAAACUUUCUAUGUAGAACGUCUUACAUUUUUCUACAACUUAAGUGGUAAAUCCUAGCGUCCUUGUAGGUGGAGCGCUUUUGUCUAUGCGAGUAUAGACCAUUGAAAAUUACUCUCUACUUGUGAAAUGCAUCAAGCUCUGAAGGUGAUAUUAAUGCCAGAUUUGAAUACCAGUUUAAGUAUUCCUUCUAUUGUUAAUUCAUUACUAAAUGAAAGAUGUUUUACCCAGUUAGGAAAACAGUCCAAAAACAAAGAUUUAGAAAAGAUUGAUCUGGAACAGCCUGAAUCUGAGAAUUCAACUGAAUAUGUUGUUAGUACGCGUUGAGUUACACUCUUCCCAGUCACUCGCUUCAGUCUAGUGCAUCAGCCUCCGCUAUACACUGUAUAUAGCUGAUUCAACAAAGGUUGCUUGGGGCAUUGGGAAUUGGCAAGUGUGUAUUAGGUAUUGGAUAUAAGGAACUCAGUGCAAUGACUUUCUUGAGUGACCACCAAACAGUAGAUUCCCAGUGCGUAAUUCCUAAUGCGCGAAGCAACCGUUAUUGAAUCAGUUGUAUAAAUUAAAUUCUUACGUCGUUUCAAGGCUUAGCACCUUGCUAAUUGCACAAUCCUACACUUUAUCAUAUGACAUUUUUACGUUAAUAUCUUGUUUAGUUAUAAUGUACUAGCUGAUAUUUACAUACUUAACAACAGCUCAAACAAACAUGAAACGUACUUUUUUUGUGCCUUGUAAAGCUUACACAACGAUCAUCUUUGUGCUACAAAGUGGUGUAGGAUAGUGUUUUCUUUCCUGCUGUAUUUACGGGUUAUGCAUUUUUUUUAUCUCUUAUAGAGCAAAAAUAAUACGAUUGGGGAUACCAAUUAAUGUGUUUAUCGGUUUUCAUUUUAUUAGUUUGGAGGGGAGAGUGCGCAUCUUAGUCCUCUUAAUGGCUACAUUGCACAGGCUCACCAGCGCUUCAAGUAAGUUCCAUAUAAAUCUCCUCAAUCAUUUCGUUUUAUGAGACAAAAAAAAACACACCAGUUUAGAUGUGUUCUUAUUUUACCUUCAUGUGUGUAGUAAGUAAAAUAGUUAUGGGUGCUUCUUUGUCAUCUAGGGUGACGAAAGUCAAUGCACCAUACAAAGGCUUAAAGUGAAUGUUAUGGGUAAAAAGCAAUAUAUCUUAUAGCGUAUUUGAGAAGACAAUAAGUGCGUACCAUUAGCAUCCAGAUUUUCCCAAGAUUUUACUCUGAUUGCAGUAACAACUAGUAAGGUGUCCUUUUUAUAGUAAUAACUUUAUUUAACGAGGGUAAAGACAUUGAUUACUGGUCACCCAGUAGUUUUCAUAAUGGCCCUCCUACAAUUAAAGUAAUAAAAAGUAUCGAUUAAUUAAUUAACUACCAAUAUAAUCUACCAACUAAAAUUACAUAAUAAACUACUAUUAAUACAAUAUUGAUUAAUUGACUACUAAUGAAACUAAAAGGUUUUACAAAUCUUAAAGUGAUCAAGAGAAGAAAUCAAACUACGGUAAAGUUUAAAUAAGUAAUUUUUAAAAUUAGUAUGGGAGAGUGUCUUGGGUUCGGGAUCAAGAGCGUUCCACAAACGGCAAGCGCUUGAGUGAAACGUUCGAAGGCCAGAGUUCCCUUUACAAGCUGGUGUUGUAAUAUUGUUGUAUAGAAAACUGUUCAGCCAAAUAACAGAUUUCAUGUAAAGAGAUUUGUCUGUUAACUGUUGACUGAUCUUUUUUGUGCGUUGUGGUGUAGGAAGUUUUUCUUGGAGGUGUCAACAGUAGAGGAACCUGAGAUUCAUUUCAAUAUCGACGAGUACACAGAUGUAGUGAUGGUCACUAAACCGGUGAUUUACAUCUCAGUACAGGAGAUCUGUGAUACUCACACUUUACUGAUUGAUCACAGAGAUGAAAUAGCACCUGAUCCUAAUGACCCUCUUCAUGAAUUGCUGGAUGAUCUUGGUGAUGCACCCAGUGUUGAGGCUCUACUAGGUAGGUAACACUUCAUAGACUGUUCACAGUGCUCUAUUUGUUCGUAAGAUCUUCAGGAUCAUUAUUAUCGAUCAUAAUGGAUACGUACCGAGGGGGUGGGCGUCGGGGUUUAUAGCGGAGUGGAGAGGGAGGCGAGAGAAAUAUCUACCUCUAUUUUUCUUUUCUAUUUUACCCCGCCCGCUAAACGAACAGUCUACAAAGGUCCCGGAUCGACAAUGAACCAUCGUGAUGUCUCAGUAAUAAUAAUAAUAAUAGCAUUUAUUAAUACACGAUUAAAAAGUGCAGCAGAGCUGUAUGAAUGUUUUAGGAAAAUGAAAAAAUCUAGAGAAAAGUCUUUUUCUUGUCUUCUUUUCUUUUUCGUUUUAAAUAACACUCGUGCGCCAGGCUUACAACUGAAUUUCAUUAAUUUUUGUUAAAUGAAUUAUCGGGAGGAACAACAUUGGGGUUCUAAAUUUCGCGUCGUUUCGCGAGAACUAUUUUUUGUUUGUUUUUCAUUUUGUUUUUUUUUCCGUCUAUUUUGGCCGUGCGAUCGCCAUGAAUGUUUACUUUACGGCCGACAUAUUCACUGUAUCCUAAUGCGUUUCAGCAGUGGUCAUUUCAGUUUUGUUUAUUUGAAGGAGACUUGCGUAUCUGUUUGAUAUUUUUUGGCGAUAGGUGACAUAGCACCAGUGAAUGGAGAAGAAGGACUAACAGCACAAUCAGCCAAAACGGAGAUUUCUUUAACUCUGACAAACAAGUUUGAGGUACCAGAGGAUGACGACUCUGACAUGAGAGCCUUGUUUGUAAGGUGAGCUCACUUAAUCAAUCUUGUAACUGCUGUGAGAUGUGUAGGUAUCACGUCUGCGGGGCAGUGGUCUGUUUACUUUGCCAGUCAUUUAUUGAAUGUUUGUGUUUUGUAUCGCAGAACUAAAAGAAUGAUUGUUGAUGUGCUUAAAGUUCAACCUGGUGAAAAUCUUACAGAAAUCCUUGAGACAACCGCAACUGAUGAACAAGUGAGUCUUUUUAACAUGUACCACUUAGUUUCGAGGUAUUGUCAAGUUCUUUGUAAAGAUCGACACAUCUAUCCGACUGCGUACCAUUUGUUAACUCGUUAGCCAUUCUGUCACAGCAUGCAUUGUUUUUAAACUCUGGUAAAGCUAGCGUUUCACCUGCUUUAUUUGGCCGGGGACACUCUCGCAUGCAGACUGCAACCAAAAACAGUAAAAAGUACAAAAUUGUACAACCUGUUUUCUUACUGUGCUUAAUUUGAAUUUAACAAACAUCAGUCUAAUUUUACAUGACAAAAAAAAAAUUUCUUAUGAUGACGAGAAUGCAAGCAGUGGUUUAAGGCUUCGGAGAGCCGUGACUGGUUUUAACAUAACCAACAGAAACAGAGUUCCAGCCCCAUUGACUGAUUACGAAGUUUCUUUUUUUUGCUGAUAUAUCAGUCUAGAUCAUCGGGGACCAUUAAUUGUAUCAGACUGCUAACUACGGGUGGAGUACUGGUAGAAGUAAUUCAUUCAUCAUUUGAAUUUUAUCACGUGACUGCUGUCUUUGUCCCAGGAAGAAGAACAUACGCGGUUAAUGAGGCUUCGAGAACUGAGCGAUGAAAACAAGAGUAAGUCCCACGGCAACGUGACAAGAUCAGCCUCCGCUUACGGUGAUACCAAGUAUGUACGAUGUGUUAGGCUACUUGCAAACGGACGCAACAACUCCCAAGAUUGUUCGGCCAACAAUGUUGGGAGUUGCUACGUCCGUGUUGGCAGUGGCGUGCAAACGGAUGCAAUAAUUCCCAACAUUGUUUGGACCUGCAGUGUGCAUCGUGGAAAGAAUACAGUAACCUCCAAGGAGACCAUGUGUCAUGCAAGUGUGGGGCCCCAAGAAUGUUGGAAGAGCUUUAGCAAUAGCUGUGCAAACGGAUCCAAAAUCAUUGCGCUUGGGAGUUGUUUGCCCAAAAGUUUGACCGGUUUGAAAUUUUGCGCAACAAAAUGCAACAGGGUGUGCAAACGGACGUAACAUGUAACAUCCAAAUGUUGGCCAACAAUGUUCCGUCCGUUUGCACGGGGCUUUAUUCGUCCCAUGUAUUUAUUACCCACCCGCCACGGGUCUUCCUGCCACGAAUGACAUGAGUCUCCAUUACAGAGCCGGGCAGUUAUUACGUAAAGUACUUUUACCUUACGCUUAAAUGGAGUAAAAUCUUACGGGGUAACCAGUCAGAUAAAUCAUCUUUACCGAGACUUUCACUACAAAUAUUGUUUAUGUAUUUUUCAGUGUGAAAUAUGAAAAUCUUUUCCCUGUUCAAAAACCACUUGCAAUGAGCACUGUUGACAUUACUCGUCUGCUUGUGCCGCGAACGGCUUUACUGAAGUGAAUUCUGUUGAUCACUACAAAAAUGCGACACAUUUACCCCCAAAGCCACUGUCAUUGUUGGGUCUAGAAAUGAAACAUGCAAAGCGUCCUUCUUAUUGGGGAAUGUGUUGAUAUCUAUUUGAUAGACUUGGGAUUAUUGUUUAGUUUGUUUCCUCACCAAUAUUCUUCCUGUUCUUGAUAUCAUCGUGUUUGUAACUGAAGGAAGUAAUUUUCUUCUUUUUUUUUUCUUUUCCUUUUUUUAUUUCACAGGCUUCCCCUUGAAGGACUUAAAAGAAAGAUUAUUAGAAAUCUACGGAUGCUUGAAAGCCAAGGAGUUGUUACCAUCAAAAAUGACUAUCAGGACAUCAUCAAUGCUAUUGCAAAGGUAACCUUUCUGAUUUUGUUUAAUUUAACUACUCAUACCCUUGAAAUGUGGUUCGUUGUGAUGUUGAACACAGUUGCAAUUAGCCUCAGCUCCAAAGUCAUAAGCUUCUACUGAUUUUGUUGACUGUUAGACUACGUUACAGACGAAACUAAACCUCUAGGUAACUGAGUUACUAACCGGGCUCAGAUUAUUCAGUCUGUGACACAGGCUAUCAGUCAGUGUGUCAGUGUUAGUUAUUUGGUAUCUUGUUUUCUUGUUACAGGACAUCCGCAAUCAGAGGAGAUACCGUCAAAGGCGGAGACAAGAAAAAAAGAAACUUGGACAAACUUUGGAAAGCUUGCAGAACAAAUCGCAGUUCUAUGAGGAACAAAUCGACUACUAUAAUCAGUACAUUCGGGUGUGCUUAGAUAACCUGGCCAAGAAAGGAAAGUAAGUUAUUCAUUGGUUUUAAACAUUCUAUUAUGCCUUAUACUCAGAGUGGGAUGAGGUUGGAUACAGUAGGCGGGGAUCGGGGGCACGUAAAAGACUCGAUGUUUUGUUUUAAUUUUAACAUGUCCAGUUUCUUUCAAGGAUAGUCGCACAUUGCGACUGCAGUGCUACAUUCUUUAUAGAUUUUUCAAGUUUCGCCAAAUGGGAAAAGCCAGCCCCAAACCUACUUUUCACCGUACUUGACACUUUGACUAUUUUGAGUUGUUUAACUGGGAAGAGCAAGUUUGUUAAUAACCUGGUUUGUUGAAUAAUUUGCCAGAAAACCUUCAAGAGCCAAACAGCAAAAAGGAGAAGUGUUCCGCGGAGAAAUCAAGUACACCGCGCAGAGACUGUACGAGAAGGGAGUUAUACUUGAAAUCGAAGGACUACCACCAGCGCAGUUAGUAAAAACUUCGAUUUUUAUUAAAUAAGUGAUAAUGCUACAAUCAAGGCCAACGAUGAGCUUUGACCGCUUUAACCGGGAUGGGCAACCAUAGACUGUUUUACGUUGGUCAUGUUUUCGGGUUCUAGAAUUAAUCUGUAUUAAAAUUUCCAACGGUGGAAUGUCAUGCGAGGUUUGUAACCUUGCGUUUUUUCAGAACGGCGUCAGUUUUAGUUUUUUUUUUGUAUUGUUUGUUAGCCCUCUUCGCUUUUGCCUUUUUUUGUGUUCGAAGACAAUGAACAUAAGACUUCCUCUCGUUUUACGGUGUAUGCUUUAUUUGUUUUUAAGUUUAGGAACGGAUUGCUGUGUUUCUGUUUGUCUAUAAUGUGCUUAAGUGACGCAGAUGUGUUAUUUGUCCAUCAGGUUUAAAAAUGUCAUGUUUGAGAUCAAAUCAGCCGAUGAAGUCGGUGUUUUUGUUGUGUCUGCUAAAUUCAUGGGUGUGGCGAUGGAGAAGGUAGAGUUAGUCUUCCAGGUAAGAAAAAAUAAUUCUCUUCUGUUUAGUAUGAUUUGAUUGAGGCUUAAUUCAAUCACACUUUAACGGUCUGUUUCUUCUGUGUCAUAAACACUAUUUGAUGUUAAAAGCAAAGUAUUUCGACAACCGUUUUCACUACAGUUUGAAUUUGAUGACCUUUUCCAAAUCGCUUCUAGGUAGGAAAGGAGCCUAAAAAUAAUAUGAAUCCAGGUGUACCCUCGCAAGUUUAGCAGUAUAUAAAAGGCAAGAGACUGGCUUCCUCCUCAGGUUAUUUUGUUGUUCUUUUGACAGGACUUGCUCCAGCUUCAAUACGAGGGUGUAGCAGUUAUGAAAAUGUUCGGUCGAGCCAAGAUAAACGUAAACUUGCUGAUCUUUUUGUUAAACAAGAAAUUUUACGGCAAAUAG